GCGUGCACGCAUGCAGAGUUUUGUAUUUCGUCUGCAAAUUUAAAACAGAAGGUGCCAGAUUUUGUUUGGUGACAAAUCGAAAUAAUUUCUUAUCAAGGUACGUUUUAAUUGUGAGGGAUUACAUUAGCUAUCAAGGCACAACAUGACUACUACAAUGGAUGUGGAUAGAAAAUUUGAUAUGGGCCGAUGGGGAAGUUCACAAUCGUCUUUCAGCGGGUCAAACUCCAUCUCUUCAGUAUACAGCCGGCAUGUCAAUGUGUCAAGGUCAUUCAGUUCUCCAAACAAGAUUAAAUAUACCGGAGCAGAAGCAGAAAAGGUUAUGAGUAGCAUGAUGAGCUCCGUAGAUAAAGAGCGUAAAGAUUUGGACGAACUCAACGCCAAACUGGCCGGCUAUAUUGUAACCGUUCGGUCCAAAGAGGCAACAAAUAAGCACUUGAUAGAGGAAAUUGAGCGACUAAAAGAAGCCUUCUUGCAAACUCAAACCAGAAUCAGGGAAGAGUACAGCAUAGAAAUAGAAGAAACAAAGUCUAAAAUAGGCCAACUCUCAGAUGGAUUAGCUCCCUUGAAGGCAAAAUUGAUUUCUUUGGAACGGACUUUAGAAAUGAAAGAUACAGAGAUCACUGUUCUCCAGAAGCGUAUUGACGAACUUCAGCUGUCGUCACAAAAGAAGGACAGGGCUAUCGGAGAACUUGAAGGGGAAUGCACAGUGCUUAGAAAUCAAAUUAAGGAAAUAAGACAAGAUAAUAAACGGAUUAGAAUGGACAAUGAUAGGAUCAGGGGUGAGCAGGAGGUGGCUUUGACAAGGCAGAUAAAAGCUCAAAAUGAAUGCGAGAACCUGGCGGAAGAAAGGAAGUACCUAGAGAUAACAUUACAUGCUGAAAUUCGAGAGCUUCGUGGAUUGUUGUCCGCUUUCGAGUUUGUACAGCCUAAUCUUGAAGAAGCGCAUAAAGCCGAGUUUACAGAAUGUAUAAAAGCAAUUCAAGCCGAGUAUAAUGGUCAACUAGCCAAGCUGAGAGAAGAACAACAGGGUUCAUAUGAAAUACAGGGUAAGCGGCUAGAAGCGGAAAUGGCGGAAAUGCGCAUGCGCUAUGAGGAAGAAUCCAGUUAUUUUGAUAGAGAACGAGCGGAAUUGCAACAACGCAUUAGCGAGCAGGAGACCGAACUUCGUUCACUUAUGUCCCGUCUAAGUAGCGUGCGAACAGACAACCUGGAUCUUGAAAUAUCAACUUAUAGAAAACUACUUGAUGGGAAAACUGAAAUGCAAGGAGGCUUUGGAAAAGAAAAGGAAGAAAAAGUUGCUAUAGUGGGACAAAAGAAAAUGGAAGCUUCAGGGAUCAGCAGCAGCAGCAGCAGCAGCAGUAGCAGCAGCACUGUACAAUCAUCAGGCUCGUCUUUUAGCCAAGUAGUAUCCAGCCAAUCUUCUGAAUCCGUCCUAAGUUCAUCUCCACUAACUAUCAAAGAGGUUGAAUCUACAGGCAGCUUUAUUAUGUUUUACAACAGCUCAAAGUCACAGGAGGUGGACUUGUCAAACUGGACCAUAGAGAGAACUCACCCUAAAGGCACAGCUACAUUCAAGAUACCACAAGGCAAUAAAAUUGGCCCGGAAAAGGAAAUAAAGAUAUUGUCUAAAGGCGCCGCUGACAAAAAGGGACCAGGUGAUAUUGUUGCAACAUGCAAGACAUGGGCGUCGGGAAAUGGUCAAGUUAAAGUUACCGACGACAAAGGAGUGGAGGUGAUAGUUUACAAAUAUUCAUUAGGAUAAUCAAUGAGCGAAGCGAAGAAGAGGAAUCUGCAUGGACUCUAUCACAAAAUACCUGCUUAAAUAUUCACUUGGACAUUGUUUUCUGUAAUGUUAUACUGAAAAUAACUUAAAACUGCAGUGUGUUUAUACCUAAUGCAGUAAUGAAAUAUUUAAAACAAGAAUCUUCUAUAAAUUUUGCAUACUUAUAUUGCUUUGUCAAUUGUAAAUGUGUUACUACAAUGCUCUGAGUAAGACAUUUGGCUUCUAUAUGUCUUACCAAGAGUAGUCUAAAGAUAACACACUAGACUGUUUCUUUGGCUAGAUUAUAGUUACAUUUUUAUGAUUACUUACUUUGUGUUUGUUUUUAUAUAAUUGUUUUAUACCUUUGUACAGCCAGAUUAUUUUUGUAUGUUUUCUUUUUAUAUGCUAGAAUUCCUACUGAUACACUUAAAAAAAUUCUGAUAAUGAUAGUCGACCGAUAAUGAUAAUAGGAACUUCUUAUCCAUCAGAGAUUUAUUAAAAUUCUGGUAUGCGAGAAUGCUUUUCCUACGAUUAUGCUAUUUAGGCAUUCUUCGGUCAUUAAUGUAAAUUAUACGAGCACAUGGUUUCCCCUCUUGGAUUUUUAGGUCAGAAAUGUGGCCAGUAGUAUGUUAUCUAUUCCCAGAUUUCGUUUUAAACAGUUGUCAUAUCUUCAUUUUCAACAGUUUCACUGAAACGUUCGUAAUUUAAUAUCGUUAUCACUAUACCACGCAACUAUUUGACCGUGCAAUAAAAGUUAUGAAAUGAGCAACAAUUUCAUUUGUUUCGUAGAAGCAUCUUGCUGUCAGAAGAACGUAUUCAUUCAUGCGUUUUGUUCACUUGUGUUAAACAAUACUUUUAAGGACGCAAUACAUAUAUAUAUAUAUAUAAAUAUAUAUAUAAUUACAUGAGUGUCUUUUCUUAUUGAAUUUAUUAAAUGAGUGUUAUAAAAAAAAAUAAAAUGCGAGGCUAUGCCGAGCUACUGCAAAUUUAUAAAUUUUAUCAUUUUUAAUCAACGAGUUUAAUGAAUUUAAAAAGGAAAAGCACAAAUGUGAUUUUUUUUUCUGCUGAAAUAUUUGGAAGUUCUUCUUUGUUUAACUAUUGUAAACAAAGUAAAGUCGAUCAACAACUUUUAUUCUUGAAACGUCGUCAGAGUUAAAAUGUUAGUAUGCUAGAGAUUACUAAAAACUUGUAAAGUUAUCUUUCGUAAACGACGUCAAACAUGUGAUAAAUGAAUUAACAUCAUACCGUUUUUAUUAAUUUGUGUUGACUGUUACAAAUACCUUGAUGUUACGUUUUUGUUUGAUCUUAUAAGGGCAUGCCUCCACAUUUAUGUCAGAUUUUUCUAAAUUCUACCGUAAGUUAUUGCAAUAAAAAGAGGUAAAAAAUACUAAUGUAGUCGGUAAAACAAGUGGAAAAGCUCUUAAAACGCAAUAGAAAGUUGACAUAGAAUGGUAGGAAUUAGCAUUUAUCUAUAUCAUACACGUUAACAUCCCACUUUUAAUAAUACCGGUUUAUCAUUUCAAUUGUUAUAGGAUAUAUAAUUAUGUUUUAAAAUAUUUGAAAUGUUAAUUUUUUAUCUGUGGGCAUAUCCCUUUAAUAUCACAAUGUUUAUCUGUGAUAUUGAAUGGGAUUUUUAACUGUUUACAUACAGAGCAAUGCUGUAAAAAUAUGUAUAAUCGAAGGUAUGGAACAUGCAUAUUAUGGACCACCAAGUCGGUACUAAGCGGUUUUGAUGAAUAAUACGCUGUUAGUGCCUACGAAAGGUGUUUUUCAGACAACACGAAUUAUCUCCCCUGACUAUCGUUUUUAGGGCCAUACGUAACAUAAAACCUGCUAUAGAUUACAUAGAUAUUUUCUUGUAUUGUUGCUUCACAUAUAAUCGUUUCAUGUGUGCCUGUACUAUGCACUUUACCGAUUUUAUAAACUGUCCCAUUUUAUAAAGGGAGAUAAAUACUUCAAAAAUUGUUAAAGUGAUACAAACGGGAACUUACCGCAAGGUAGAAUGAUUAUCAUGUGUGUUGUACAGGAUUAUAGUUUGAUGAAAAUAUAAUUCAGCAUAGUAUUUAUAAAAUUUACAGCUUUGUGUCUCCAUAUUAAAGUAUUAAUGCAAAAAGUAAUUUAAAAUAGAAACAUGCUUGUUGUUUUCUAUCUCGCCUUUACUUAAUAAACAGAAAGAAUGACAA